AUGUACUUAUUUCGGGGUGUCAACCUGUAUUCUUGGUGCUACAUCCGGCCCUUUAUAUAUCUAUUUCUUAUCUACUUAAAAUACAAUUGCAAUAUCUCCAUACCAUUCCACACCUCGUAUAUCGAUUAUCUUCUAGCAAUCUGUGUAUCUAUAUGUGAUCUUUUGCUCUUAGAUCUAGAGUCAACGUUUGCUCUCGUAAAUAAACAGUGUCGCACUGCAGAAGCUGAAACAAAUCGCUUGCCCGUUACGGUAAACUCCGACACUAGCACGAAUUAUCUGGAUAUAUUGACCUAUGAGGUACUCAGUGAAUGA